CGCCGCCGCGCACCGACCCCAUGGCAGCGCCGGCAGCGCGGGCGCAACUCGCGCUGCUGCCGGCGGCGGUGCUGGCGCUGGCGCUGAGCCCGCAUCCCGCGGCCGCGGUGCCGUGCGGCGCUGACUGCCCAGCGGGUACCUUCGUGGCGAGCGCGGACUGCUGGCGGGCCGGGCGGUGCCGGCCCUGCCCUCCCGACACGUUCUCCAGCGAGGCGGGACUCGACGUUUGCACCCUGUGUCGGAAGUGCGAAGGAAUAUUCAUGUACUUAGAAGAAUGUACCUCAAAAAGCGAUGCUGUCUGCACGUGCACGGAGGGGUACCGCUGCAGUGGCGACGGCUGCUCCCGCUGCGACCGGAGCUGCGGCGUGGGCCAGGAGAGCACCAGGAGUGGUUGCCGAGCUUGCCGCUAUGGAACUUUUAAUGAUCAGCCUGAUGGCUCCUGUAAAAACUGGACCAAGUGCUCUGCAAACCAAGUCCUGGAGCCUGGAACUGCAGCAAAAGAUGUCAUUUGCAAACACGCUUCAGAUAAUCCCACUUUAGUCACUACUCUGUCUACCACAGCUCCUGCAAUUCCAUUUUCUAUCACUGUGCCAGGGAAGGACCUCCAGAUGGACGUUGUCAGAAUUUCUCUUGCUGUAGCUGGGCUGCUGUGCAUAGUGUUUCUGCUGCCUUCAUGCAUAUGCUUCAGUAUCUGGCAGAAAAAGAAACUACAUGCUGUCUUCAAGAAAAUGCAUACAACAUCUGAACAGUCAAUUCAGGAAGAUGAUGCCUGCAGCUGCCGCUUCCCUGAGGAAGAACAAGGUGAAUAUAAGGAUUGUGGCAAAUCCACAGAAUUCAGAGAUCUUCUGGUGAACUAGGAACUGGACUGUCCAGGUCAUCCACACUGGAAUUUCCUUUUGGGACAGGGACCUGUUUAUAUAAAUAGAGGGUAUCAGAACUUGUCAAUUUCCAAGGGUUAAAUAGCAGCCACUGAGGGAAAAUUGGAUCUUUUCCAUCUCAAAAAAUAAAUAAAAAAUACUUUUU